CACCUUACUAUAUUUUUACCGGUGUUGUGAUAUAUUUGUUCCGAUUGAUAUAUCUGUACCGAACGCUAUUGCAGAUGCGCAGCGGGUCGGAACAAACAGUAUCGCUAGCGACAAAGAGAAAGUCACGUUAGAAAAUCAACGGACUCUCUCGAAUCGCCAGCCAUCGGCGCCGGUGCCAACCCGACUUUAGUAGCACGAGUAGAAGAUAUCUAAUAAUUUUUGUAUUCUAGGAUCUCCUUGUUUCUUCAGCACCUGUAAAUUAUCAGUAAGAUGUGUGUUUAUUUAAACUAGCAUAAGAUAAGUGUGUUGGUAUAGUACUUACAUUUUUAGGUUACAAAUAGCAUACCAACUCAGUUAUUCUACUGACUUUAAAUAAAAAUACUUAAGUUUAUAUACGUCAAGUCUGGAACGUUUUCAACGAAGGGCGUAAUAAAUUUGGACCUGGUGGUCUUUGCUUUGUUCCAACCUACUGCGCACGAAAAGAACAAAUAAGAGAAAAAGAUAAAAAUUUACGAGAGAGGUCACUCUUAAAUUUGCGAGUGACCUCUCUCGCACAUCUCUUGACCAAAGUUAAUAGAGACCCAAACGAGUUGUAACUCCCGGUCAACAAUAUUUGCUGGCCGCCAAACGCCUGGCUGUAUUAGUUCAGUUUGUUAAAGUACAUUCUUUCAGUUUGUUGGAUAAUUCAUUAGUUCAGUUUAUUAGACAGAUAACUUUUGUACUGUUGUUUCGAAUUUUUGCUCUUAUACGGGCGUAAUUACAUGGCACAUCUGUUUUCCUGUGAGGCUAUAUUGUAUAGAAAGGCAUGAUAAGUGAAUGAAAAUCUUCUUUUUGAAUCGUCUUAUUGAUCCCACCUAUUGUAGAUAAUAUUGUCUUUUGUAAAUCUGGAAAAUAGUUUGGCGUAUUUGUUUUAAUUUUCUCGUCUACCCCUGUUAAAGUUCGUGCCUUUUACCCAUGCAGGCUACCGCGAUUCAUUAACAGAUUUUUUUCUAUUUUUACCGACCCGGCAGUGUCGCAAGGUUAAGAACUAUUGGUCUAAUAAGGGUAAAGAUGGACGCACGAAGUCUUUACCCGGAUAUUAUUAUCUCAGAGAAACCUUUUGGUCAGUUUGUAUUGGAAACAAUGGGAGAACACGAAGAUAACUUAGCUUGGAUCGAUGUUGACAACGACGGAGAAGAAUACUCGUUUAGAAGAAUCCGCAAGGAGGCGCUCAAGUGCGCAAACGCUUUAUAUAAGGAAGGUAUAAGGCGAGGUGAUGUCAUUGCACUCUUGAGCCUUAAUUCGUGCCAACAGAAGGUUCUGGUAUUGGCGCUUGCUUUGUGUGGAGCUACUAUCGUACCUCUCGAUUCUUUACUUCCGCGGGAUGUGGUCGAACAAAAAUUACUUUCGGUGGAACCAAAAGUUUUAUUUGUCAGCUCAGAGCAUUUGGGUUGGGUGGACAGAAUUUCACCGCAGACUACGAUUUUUUUGUUUGACAAAUGUGAAGUGCAAAAUUCGUUUCUUCACUUUUUGAACACUGGUGACGAGCAUGGAGCUUAUCUAGAAGGUGAAAUUGACGUUGAAAACGACAUUCUUUUUAUGUUUUGUACGAGCGGCACACUUGGCCCUUCUAAGUUGGUUCAACUCACAAAUCAAAAUGCUGUUGCUGUGUUACAACUAUUCAGAGUUGCUUGCAAACGAAGUAAAGGGAGCAUUAGCUGUUCUGCAAUACCAAUUUUCCACAUACCAUCUGUUGGUUAUACGUUCGGACAUUUAGUACAGGGAUGUGCAAAUGUUAUUCUUAGUAACUACAAUGUCAUGAAACUACUUCAAAUAGUUCAGGAAUAUAAGGUGACACAUGUGAUAAUGUAUGCAUCAACUUUUCUUGAGAUGGCAAAAUGUGAAGUGGUAAAAAACUAUGACGUUUCUAGUUUGAAGGUUGUAGAGGUUGGAGCUUCAGUGACGUCGCAAGAAACUAAAUUAAAGACAAAGCGAAAAUUAAAUUAUACAGAAGUUAUUGAAUUAUAUGGACUAACCGAAGCCUUUCCUGCUACAGUGAGUGAUCCUAUCUUGUCAAAGUCUGGCUCAGUUGGGUUUCUUUUGCCUAACACUAAACUGAAGGUUGAAGAUAUUGAAACAAGAAAAAGAUGCGUGGCUGGAGAAUUUGGAGAAAUUAUGUUGAGCGGACCACAGGUUGCUAAAGGUUAUUACAAACACCCUGAAGCAACAAUGUUUGACAAAGAAGGAUGGUUAAAAACUGGUGACAUUGGAUACUUUCAUGCCGUUGGAAACGUUUAUAUCACCGAUAGAAUCAAAGAUGUUUUUAAAACUCCAGAAGGAUUGCAGGUUUUUCCAUCCGAAAUUAUUUCAAUUUUACUAAUACAUCCAAAAAUCGCUGAUGCUGGGGUUAUAGGGGUGCCUUCUAACAUGGGUUUGGCUGGGGAAGUACCUAAAGCAUUUAUUGUCAAGGCGGAAGACACCACUUUAACAUCGGGUGACGUCAUUCAAUUUGUAAAAGAUAAAGUAGCAGCAUACAAGCAACUGCGUGGUGGAGUAACAUUCGUCGACCGUUUACCCAGAUCUUCUAGCGGAAAGAUUCUAAAACGUAUUCUGAAAGAAAUUGAAUAAGAGAGUAAUACUGAAACAAAUGUUAAACCGAAAUAUAGUGGUUAUAUGUAAAAGACACAAUUCAAUAACAGCAACCUAAUGAAACAAAAACAAUCCAUUACAAUUUUUACAAAACGAUAACCUACUUUUCUAGCAUAAAUACAAUAUUUCUUUUCUAUUAAAAUAU